UUCACGCCGUCGAAGAUGACGUCGCAGCGCACCCCACCUUGGCCUUGAUGCGACGCAUCCUUGCAGAUGCACAGGCUAAACUUCGCGUAAUGGUGGAGGAGAACGCAGCAACGGGGGCCCGGCUGGACGGGGAGCUGGAACGGGCCCGGGGCGAGUGCGCCUCCCUCAGGGGUGAACUGCGCGACGUCCGCGGGGCUCUGGUCCUGAACAGCAACGCCGGGGGUGGCCUCAGCAACUCUUCGACCUCCAGCGGCAGCAACGUCGCCCCUCAGGACGCCGAAGCCCAUCCACAGGAAGACGCCAAACGACUCAGCGCUGGCAGCAGCCCCGUCGAGAAGCGCAGCUCCGCUAGCGAUAAAUCCGCCAGCCCCGUUGAUAAGAGGACCAGCCCCAUCGAUAGGAGAGCCAGCCCUAUAGAGAGGCGUAAUGGAUCACCGUGUCCAAGUCCCAGCGAGAAAACUAGACGUCCCUAUGCCCAAGCCCUGGAGAAGACGCGUUUGGGCGGUUCCGGGGGCAGUGUCGACUCCAGAUCGGGCAGCGCCAGUCCUGAUCGGGGAUUCUCCGCCAGGACAGGAUUUCUGCACCGAACCGGUAGCGAUCGGUCCAGCAUCGAAAGACUUCGGGUGUCAACGAGGGACUCCACCAGGUCGUCCAAGGAUUCCACGGAUCGCGAUGCCAAGGACCUGGUGGACGGCGACCCGCGCCCCGACGAUGACGAACCGCCGGGCCCGGCGCCCGGCAGCAGACCGUCUUCACCUGCUAACUCUCUUGGAAUAAUUGGCGACCCAGUGGUGGCGUCUCGACUCUCCAACAUUCACGGAGGUGGUGGAGGUUCCGUGGAGCUGGCAAGUGCGAGGAGACUGCGACUAGAAAACGAACGCCUCGUAGCCGAGGUCGCAAGGCUGAGGAGGUUGCUGCUGAGCGGAGCAGCACGAGGGGAAGUCGGCAGCGAGGAUGCGGCUCUCGAAGAAGAGGCUCGAGUAGUCGCCCUUGAGAUGGAGCUCCAACACGCAAGGGAAGCUCUGCAAGCCCUUAAAGCCGACAGAAAGAGGCUCAAGGCCGAGAAGUUCGAUCUCCUGAACCAAAUGAAGGCUCUCUACGGGACUCUAGAGGACAAGGAACGCGAACUUCGAGACUUCAUCCGUAACUACGAACAGCGGAUGCGGGAGAACGAGGCGACCCUGGGAUGUCUUCAGCAGCAGGGAGCCAACCUGCCCUCCGAGGAGCGAGAGCGAGAGCGGGAGAGAGAACGAUGGAGCUUGCUGAGAGCCGCCAGGGACGAGGCAGAUCGAAGUCUCAGCCUCGCUGCCAGCCUGGCCGACAAGGAAGCAGCGCUCUCGCACGCCCACGCAACCAUAAAAGAGUUGCAGCGUCAGCUAGCCGAAAGGGGCGGCGGAGUUUGUCUGAGCGACCAAGAGUCCCUUGUGUCAUUUCCACGGGGCAGCGUCAACGGGGUAGCGACUCCUGGUGCCGGGAGCAACAGCGGAGGUGGUGGAGGGAGCGGCGGGAUGAUUCCUCAUCUCGGAUCCCAACAAGGUCCAGGAAGCACCGAGCUGAGUGCAACCAUCAACGUCGGCGGGAACCAGGUUUCGGGUCCGACCAGUGGCCAAGCUGGUGAUCGUGGGAGCUGUAGUGCCGAUAGUGGGGUCCGUGGAUCCAGCGAUCGCGAAAGUGGAGGCGCCACCAGCGUUGGUGGGAAUCUCUCGGACUCCACGACGGAUGGCACGCCUACUAUUACGGUCGAGGGGAGCGGGCUCGACGUGGACAGCAUCUCCGUGGUUUCCUCGGUUGCACCGCCCCACAUGUACCAAUCUGCCACCACGCCGAAGGACUGCAGCCCCACGUUGUCUCCUCUGAACGCGUUCUCCAGAUCCAUGGACAACUCCUCCUUGUCCAGAUCGGUGGAACAAUUGUCCAGUCCCCUGGAGAAUGAACCAAGGCGCAACAAGCAACCUCCACCUGUAGUUGCACCUGCAGCUCACUCGAGAUCUUCGGCUACUCGCGGCGGCACCUGGGGGUCCAUCUCGAGAGUGUUCGCGAGAUCGCGACAUCGAAAAGGCGUGAUCAGCUCCGGAAGUGGCGGAAACGAAGGGCAGGAUGGGUUCGACCCGUACAGGUCCUGGUCUCCACUUACCGAGGAAGGGUAUGCAGAGAAACUGCGACUGCUCAGAGAAGCAGCAUCAGUUCCCAUGGAGAGAUGGAGAGCCCCGACGGUCCUGGCCUGGUUGGAGGUGGCCCUAGGAAUGCCGCAAUAUGGACCACGGUGUGCGGAAAAUGUCAAGUCCGGAAAGGUCCUGCUGGAGCUGAGCGACAGCGAGCUGGAGGCGGGUCUAGGAGUGACGCAUCCUCUUCACAGGAAGAAAUUGAAGUUGGCCAUCGAGGAGCACAGACACCCGAGCUUGGUUAGAUAUCCGUGCAUCUCCCAGCUGGGACACACUUGGGUCAGCUCGGAGUGGCUCCCAGAUCUAGGACUGGCUCAAUACUCCGAAAGCUUCGCCACCAAUAUGGUGGACGCGCGGAUGCUAGACCACCUCAACAAGAAGGAGCUCGAGAAACUGCUGGGUGUCACCAGGAAGUUCCAUCAGGCUAGCAUCGUCCACGGCAUACACCUGUUGCGGAUGCUCAAUUACGAUCGCCAGGCCCUCGCCGUUAGGAGACAUCAAUGCGAGAAGGUCGACGCCGAUCCUCUGGUCUGGACCAACCAGAGAUUCAUCAAGUGGGCACGCAACAUCGACCUCACCGAAUAUGCGGAGAACCUGAAAGACUCGGGAGUGCACGGUGCUCUCGUGGUCCUUGAACCCUCUUUUACGGGCGACACGAUGGCCACGGCCCUCGGGAUCCCCCCAGCCAAGCACAUGAUUCGACGACACUUGUCCGCGGAAUUGGAAGCUCUGGUUACCCCAGCAAGAAGUCAGCUGGAGGUGGUGCCCAGGAACGGCGCAGGAGGUCGACCCAUCAGCAGCGUGAGCGCCGGAGGAAGUCUCGGUCGUGGGAGCCGGGCCCUGCACCUCCAGCAUCACCAGAGCUCGCUCUCGGCCCUCCACAUGGCCGCCAAUCACGGCACCACGGUCGACCGUCGCCGGUCCAGUCUCAGGGGAUCACUGAGCAGAGCUUUGGGGCUUCGUCCGAGAAGCGAGAAGGCGUCGCCGUCGUCUUCUUCGGACACCGGAAGCCUCGUGAGCCAGUGCCAGUACAUGAGCAGCAUCAGGAGCAACUCACCGCCGCCUCCGCAGCUUCCCCCGAGACCCUCGACUUCCGGCAAGAGACAUCGACGUGUCAAGAGCAUAGGCGACAUAGAGUACAUGAGCAGUGCAGCUGUGAGCACGCCUGUCUGACAAGAGGGAAGGGCCC